UCACCUGACUUGGAACCUCAUGGGUACAAAAUCACCGUAAUAUUCAACUUUGACAUAUUUAAAUACUCCAGAGUCAGCCGGGUGGCUGCUGUCACUGUGGGAGUGUUGUGUCACAGAGUAUACAUGUAUAGGCGACUGCAAAUCCGCUACACAAGCCGUUCGCCUGGUUAACCUGCACUUUCUCUCUAUUCUUCACUCUCUUUGUUAACGUUCUUUGAGCAUAUUUACAACCUGGAUAACCCUUCGUUAAGGUCUGGAGAAGUAGUCGAGGGACAAAGCAACGGCGUUGCUGCAGCUCACGACUCGAUCUCUCAAAAGGACCCAGAGAUCAAGCAAGAGUUUGAGGACGAGCUAGAAGAGACACAAGUUGGUGAGAUUGAAACCGAUACAAAGUCUGUACCCAAGGACAACCUUAAAGACCCAGACGACGAUUACGACAGCGACGACGAGCAUCAUCUUUGCUCCAUACUUCUCUACUUUAUAUCAAAAACUCUUCUGAACCAUCUCAGAGACGUACCUGAAGACAUACCAAUGGACCGCUUUGCCGAACAGUUCUUUGGUCGUCAGGACCAGUCUUCACGCUCUCGACCUCCUGAGGAUCCCAGCUUCAUGGAAACAUUCGCAAAGAAUUUGGCCAAAUCCGCUGCUAAAUCUGCCGCCAGAAAAGCCAUGGGUCAAUCAUCUUCUGAGAAACGAACUCGCGAUGGCACACGAAGCGGAAACCAGAUCAACCCUGAAGACUUCCGUGGUGUAGCUGAGUUCGUUCUUGGUAUGCUUGGCGGCAAGAAUGAACAGCCCCGAAGAGACGAUGAUCGCAAGAAGGAUAAGAAGAGGAAGAGAGAUAAAGAUAAGGAGAGGAGCAGAGAAGCACCGAGGAGUGGGGAUGUUGAAGAUGGCGGUGAUAAAUACGGAUCUGAUAAAGAACGUCGAAAGAGACGUCGUCACCGCGUAACCUUUGCAGAACCAUACUACGAGUCUCCUCGUCCAGAAGAGACUUACUACGCCCAGCCCUACGAGCCUCGUCGCGACGAUGACAAAGAAGAGCGCCGCCGUCGUCGUCGUCAACGUCGAUACAAGCGCGACCUAGAUCUCAAGACCCUUAAGACAGAGUUGGAGGCCAUGUCGAGCACCAUAAUCUCUUUGAACGCAAGAGGCGCCAAACAUCGGGACUGUGAGUUUUAUGAUCGCUUUGUGAGAAAGGGCGGAAGGUUGCAGGAUGUCAUCGGGAGUACGUUGGGACAGAUCAGGGGGGUUAUGGAGGGUGAAGUUGAGGCGGAGGAGAGAAGGCGACGGAGGGAUCGUAGGAGGGAGAUGCGAUGAUAUCCAUUGGUACAAGGUUGAGGGUCUGUUAUUUUAUUGCGUCUUUGCAAACGUGUUGGGCAAUCUUCUAGAAUUUAUAUGUGUUACAACAAAGAAUGUUCUAAAGUUUGAUGGACUGCAUAAGGAACCGGUGCUUUGCAGAUGUUUGAUGGGGUGCUUGUUUGCAUGUACAUAUAGACGAGGGAGCCAGUUGGCGUUUGUAGAGAAUGAAAGAAAGAAAUCAGUCAUUGGUUGUCAGUUUCAACUGGCGAGGUAUGAUGGUGGACACGAUAUGUCGCUGCAAUUGAGGAAGCAGGUUAUUCCC